AGUAGCUCAACACCCCAUAUUUAAAUUUAGCUUUUUCAGUAAUAUCGCAUAUUACUUAAUUUUAUAUAUGCUAUUUUAUUCUUCAUAUAUGCCCUAUUGAGCAUUUUUAGGUCCUUCUAGCAAAAUCCUGUCAACUAGACUAGCGAUUCACUACUGAUUCUCUUUAAUUGUGAAAUGAAGAGUUUUUCAUAUUAUAAUGUGUCUAAGAGAGCCAGCCAUGAGAGGCUACCUCGUGGCUAUCUUCCUGAGUGCUGUCUUCCUCUAUUACGUGCUGCAUUGUAUAUUAUGGGGAACAAAUGUCUAUUGGAUGCCACCUGUGGAAAUGAAACGAAGAAAUAAGGUCCAGCUGUGUUCAUCAAAGCCAGCAUUUGCCUCUCUCCUGAGCGAAAUAUUUCCUGUUGUGUGCACCAAACAACAUAAUGCUGUCCAUGUCCAUCCAUGCUGUUGCAAAUGGUUUCACCAGUUUCACCCUUUUCUUUGUGCAGCUGAUUUUAAAAAGCUUGCUUCCUUGUAUGGUAGCGAUAAGUUUGAUUUGCCCUAUGGGAUAAGGACAUCAGCGGAAUAUUUUCGACUUGCUCUUUCAAAGCUGCAGAGCUGUGACCUCUUUGAUGAGUUUGACAAUGUGCCAUGUAAAAGGUGCGUGGUGGUUGGUAAUGGAGGAGUUUUGAAGAACAAGACGUUAGGAGAAAGAAUUGACUCCUAUGAUGUAAUAAUAAGAAUGAAUAAUGGUCCUGUUUUAGGACAUGAAGAGGAAGUUGGGAGAAGAACAACCUUCCGACUUUUUUAUCCAGAAUCUGUUUUUUCAGAUCCCAAACACAAUGAUCCUAACACCACAGCGAUUCUCACUGCUUUUAAGCCGCACGAUUUAAAGUGGCUGUGGGAAUUGUUGAUGGGUGGCAAAAUAAACACUAAUGGUUUUUGGAAAAAACCAGCCUUAAACCUGAUCUAUAAACCAUAUCAAAUCAGAAUCUUAGAUCCUUUCAUUAUCAGAACAGCAGCUUAUGAACUGCUUAAUUUCCCAAAAGUGUUUCCCAAAAACCAGAAACCCAAACACCCGACGACAGGAAUUAUUGCCAUCACCUUGGCCUUUCAUAUAUGUCAUGAAGUCCACCUUGCUGGCUUUAGAUACAACUUUUCUGACCUCCAGAGCCCUUUGCACUACUAUGGGAAUGCCACCAUGUCCUUGAUGAACAAGAAUGCAUAUCACAACGUGACUGCAGAGCAGCUCUUUUUGAAGGACAUUAUAAAAAAGAACUUUGUAAUCAAUUUGACUCAAGAUUGACCCUACAGACAGAGAAGAUAAUGCUGACAGUAUUAGUUUUAUUUUUAUACUGGCAAUUUAUAGUUUAUUUUAAAAAACGUUGGAUGUACUUGUCAAGAAAUUAUGUAUAUUAAGCCUGUCGCUGCCUGGUGAUUUCAUAACCACCAGCUUAAUUUCUGUAAAUAUAUUUAAUUUAUGAAAACCAACAUAUACUGAGUUACCAUGUCCGGCUAAAGUUGUAAUUGCAUUGUGUUUUUAAAAAUAUUUUUAGUUUUUUAUUUUAGACUUUUGAAAGGAUGUGUCUUCCUAUUUAAGGGGACUUAAAUUGACGGCAACAAAUUUGAAUGCAAAAUGACAUACUUGGCUACUAUAAAAUGGUGGGGAAUUGGCAUGUGGUUGUGCUUUGAUGUGGCAAACCGGAAGCAUGCCAGGUCUAUAUCUGGCUGACUUUAGUGUCUUUUUGUUCUAAUUAAGGAACAUGAAGUUUAAACCAGCUCUGAAUACAGUAGAGUGGACUGUUAUAGAAAUCUAAGGUCAUACUGGUAUAAUUAGGCUCCCCCCUUGCGAUUAAGUAAAUCACGAUUAUGAUGAGUAAUUAGGUAGAAUGAAGAUGGAAUUUUUUGUUUUUAAGUUUAUCUAGACGAGUAACCAAAGAGUGUAAUUACCAGUCUGGUGACUGCAUUAUGUUGACGCAAUUUUUUACAAAGUUUAUACAAAGAAAGCUGAGUAAGACAUGCUCAAGGAGAAAAUUCUUAAACUUUGUUUUGCCUGGUUUAAUUCAUUAACUUUUAAAACUUUAUUAUUUGAAGUAAAUUAGGAAAGAUGAAAAAGACACAAGUAAAUCUGUAGGAAGAGUCAAGGUGUUCUUGGAUUUAGAUGGUAUUUUCAUCUCUCAUCUUCACAUGGAAAGCUCACCUGACUAGGGUACUCCAGUGAAGAAUCCUACUGAUGCAAAGAAGCCAGUCCUACAACUGUGGUGAGCUGGUCUCCCUUUCCAUAAUGAAUAUAACUAACGGCUAUGGUGGGGUAGGGUAAGUGGUGAAGGAGAAAGGAAGAGAACAGAAGGUAUAAGAAUGAUGGAAUAAAAAGCUAUCAAAAGAGGUAUGAGUUGAAGAAUUAGUACCUUUUUAAAAAAUACAUAUUUUUAUUGAUUUCAGAGAGGAAGGGUGAGGGACAUAGAAACAUCAAUGAUGAGAGAGAAUCAUUGAUUGGCCGCCUCCUAUUGGGACCUCAGCCUGCAACCUGGGCAUGUGCCCUGACAGGGAAUUGAACCUUCGACCUCCUGGUUCAUAGGUCGAUGCUCAACCACUGAGCUACGACCAGGCAAGAAUUAUUUGAAUAAUUACCACUGGGAGACAUUGAUGUCACUGACAAUCAACCUGCCUCUCAAAAGAAAGUGUUGAAAGGGUGGAAUAGUAGACCAGAAAUAGGAAUAAAUAAGGUACUUAGAAAGCAGGGGAGGGGGAGAAAACUAGUAGUAGAUUUAACCCAGAUCUAGACAUUAAAUAUGGAUGAUGUCCUGUUAAUAGCAUACGUUUGCACAGGACCACUUUCAUCUGAUUCUUCUAAUAACGUUGAGGUGGAAAAGGCAGGAGCCAUCCUAGGUCCCCAUGUUCAGUGUCCUUUCCCUGCCACUGCACAGCCGGAGGUUGCAGCGGGGCUGCUGGAGUCACUCCGGCUUCAAAAAGGAUACUGUGGCUACAGAAAAAAUCAAAGUCAAAACCAAUGGUGGCAUUCCCUAAUGUUACUGUGAAUGGUAUAACAUUGGCCAUUAAAUUUUCUGACUGAUGUUCAAAUUUAGGAAUCUGGCAUUUUGUGUAGUAUAAGAAAAGGCUAUAAACCUCAAGGUGGUUUUAGUUAAGCCAAAAAAAAAAAAAAAAAAAAAA